UUUGCCAAUCACAGAGUUCGUCUUUAGUUGGUUAUUCAGCUGUUUUGGAUCUGUAACUUUCGUACUGAAAAAAACAAGUUAAAAAAGACGAACAUGGAACAUAGGGAGGAAGAAGCCGCCACAAUCACGUCCAAGACAAAAGUUUUGGCUAUUGGAGACGGGAAUGAAGAAUACCCAAAGAACAAGCAGCUGCCAGCGAAAGACGAUGUGCACUUUUUUCGGGAAGAUUUUACAAAACGCUUGUGUCUUUUAUUAACCGGAAAUCCAACACCAAUCCACGUUGUCAAGGAUUGGGACUUGGUGCAAAGAUUUGGAGCGGCCAGCAUUAAGAAGGAUAACCAACCCAGGCGUUAUCAUUUUGUUUGUGGGCGCGGUAACAGUUAUUCGACUGGGGAGAUUAUUUCUGGGCCCGUUUUUAAUGCAGUGGAUGUUCUGAAUAUAGUUAAGAAUCGACUGAAAGCGGAAAAUUGGAUAUCAACGAAUGUCAUAGAAACACCGCUGAAAACAAAAGUUAGUCGUGCCCAUGACCCAUUCUACGGCUCCGAUCAAUACAUUCAAGGAAUCGUUUCUGAUGCCCUUCAUGCUGAAGAUGUAAAACUCUUUAAAUUCUUGCUAUACUUACACCGAGAAUCUAUUCACAAGUAAUUCUAUUCGGGCAUACCCUGUAAAACACGUAAAACUCUGUACUUUCAGGUAGUGCAGGCGCUGCCUUUACUUGUAAUAUAAUUUUAAGUUAAUUGUUUCUUAAAUUCUAAUUUCUUAAAUAAAGUAUUUUGUAUUCUUUAUUUUAACUAA